AAAAUGACCCCCCUGAGAAUCCAGUAAUAUUCGAUUUGUGUACCCACAAUGACGAUGAUCGCUACUGAAGGAGGUGGUUAUCGUGUGUGAAGAGCGACAAAGGCGGAAGAGAGAGAGACAGAGUGUUCCGGUCUUCUCUCGCAACCCUAAAAUUCCAACCAAUUUACUUCCAUACUUGUACGGUAUAAAAACUCGACGAAACCCCCAUUUCCACAAUCUUCACCCUAUAACCGCGCGCAUCUAUCGCGGUUCUCUCUAUUUAUUCACAUCAAAGUUUAUCUGUUGAGGGUGUUGGGUUCAUCAAAGAUUGGAUUGACAAUGGCCAAAUCGAAGAAGCUGGAGAGGAGAUCGGACUCCCAGCACCAUAUAGUAGGCCUGCGUAAGCUGUCAUCUAGGUGCACGAAGGUCUGUGGAGACGCCCACAAUGGGAAAAAAGCAUCCGAAAAGAAGGAGUGGGAAGAUGCAGAAUGCUCGGUCUGCUUGGAGUUUCCUCACAACGCUGUUCUCUUGCUCUGUUCCUCGUAUGACAAGGGCUGUCGUCCUUACAUGUGCGCUACUAGCCAGCGCUACUCCAAUUGUCUUGAGCAGUACACGAAGGUCACCCCGGACUGGAGCUCAAAAACAUGGAAAACAACUUCAGCUGCCUCUGAACUCUCCGGGAUUUUGUGCCCCCUUUGCCGCGGCCAGGUGAAAGGCUGGACUGUGGUGGCGCCCGCGCGGAGAUAUCUCAAUUCAAAGAAGAGGGCCUGCGUGCAGGAAGGCUGCUCGUUCGUGGGCCGCUACAAAGAGCUUAGGAAACACGUCAAGUUAGAGCACCCUCUGGCCCGCCCCCGGGAUGUCGACCCUUUGCACGCUGAGAAGUGGAAAAAGCUCGAGAACGAGAGGGACAUCAGCGACGUGAUCAGCACGAUCCGAUCCACCAUGCCUGGGGCGAUUGUCGUUGGUGACUACGUGAUUGAGAGGGGCCGUCACAGUUACAGGGACUACGACGAUUAUGAUGAUUUGGACGAUGAUGAUGACAGUACUGAUGAUGAUGAUAUGGACGACUUGAGGUUCAGCGGACCAUCGUACGGCGGGCGGUGGGAUAGCGGAGCUCGAGUUGCAGCACCCGACAGGCGCCAUCGUCCUCCCGGGCAACGGGCGAGAUUAUUCGCGCAACGGAUUACGGGGAGGCUCAGAGGGCAAGGCAGGUAAAGUGGUUGGUUUGGAAGGAAAUUUAGAUUGUUUUUGCAUUAGUAUGUAUUAUUGGGUAGUGAAAAGUUUAUUGUUGGUUUUUGUUAGUUUUGUACAACGCCGCUUUGCUGAUCGUAGUUCCUUUCCACUUAACAUAAUCCUCAAAUAUGAAAAAGAAAGAUAGAAAGAAAAGCAUGUAACAGUAUUAAUCUACAUGAUUUUCUUUUUUGGUGCUA